GUCAAACGACAACAGCUCAGCCGACAAAGCGUAAGCUUAGCAAUUGGAUAACCCCUCAACUCAAGCAAGGAAUCUCCCAAAAUGAAGUUUUUCGUGUGCAUCUUGGCUUUGGUGGCCGCGGCUCAGGCUGGUCUUCUGCCCCAUUUGGAUAGCCAUCAUGGUUACCACCACGAGGAUCUCCCGCAUCUGUUGGACGCUGAGAUCCAUCAUUCGGAUGGCAUUCAUCUGGGACACAGUGCCGCACUUGUCCACGAUGAUCACCAUUUGAACCAUCAUCUGGAUCACCACUUGGAUCACCAUCUGGUGGAGUCGCUGCCCACCACUGUGUACCACCAUGAGCCGACCCACUUCCACUACGCCCGUCUGCACUCCGCUCCGGUGGUGCACCACCACCAUCAUGACACCCACGCUGCCGUGGUGCACCACAGCAUCCCGGCCCACUUUGAUACCCACACCCACUCGAACCUGCUGUCCUUCGCCAAGCACGCCCUGCACGGAAAGUACGGAAAGGUCAGGAUCACCGAGACCCACUAUUGAGAGAUUCCAAAAAACAUCCACUGUCCAUUAAACCGCUGACUAGCCAAACGCUCUUACUGUUAAUUUAUUAAGCAUAUAGUUAAGAAAACGAAAAAAUAAACUCGAAUAAACGGGUGACAAUUUGAAAAGAUAAA